GUGCCYCCGCCCCUCGGCCCUGCGGAAGUGACGCGCGGGCGGGCGCUGCGCGGCGAGGCCGCCAUGGGCAGGAAGGAGAGGGAUAAGAAGAAGUCCAAGAAGCGCCAUUACGAUGACGACGAAGACGAUGAGGACGAAGGCGCCGGGAAGGAGCCGCAGGAAGCGGUGCCGUCGGCGGCGGGGAAGCAGGUGGAGGAGAGCGGCACCAAGGUGGACGAGUACGGCGCCAAGGAUUACCGGCUGCAGAUGCCCCUGAAGGGCGACCACGCCUCGCGGCCCCUCUGGGUGGCUCCUGAUGGCCAUAUAUUUCUGGAAGCCUUUUCUCCAGUUUACAAGUAUGCACAGGACUUUCUGGUUGCCAUUGCUGAGCCUGUGUGCAGACCCACCCACAUCCACGAGUACAAGCUGACUGCUUACUCCCUGUACGCUGCUGUGAGUGUGGGCUUACAGACCAGUGACAUCACCGAGUAUUUGCAAAAACUCAGCAAGACUGGUGUCCCAGAUGGAAUAAUUCAGUUUAUCAAGCUGUGCACUGUCAGCUAUGGGAAGGUGAAGCUGGUUCUGAAACAUAACAGGUAUUUUGUGGAAAGUACCCAUCCUGAUGUCAUUCAGCAGCUUCUGCAAGACCAUGUAAUUAAAGAAUGUCGCCUGAGAAAUGCUGAGGGUGAAGAGACAGAGCUCAUUACUGAGACAUUCACAAGUAAAUCAGCGAUUUCCAAAUCCAGUGAAGGUGGCCUUGGUCCAUCAACUUCACAGGGAACAGAUGCUCAGAAUAAGCCAGAYGUCCCAGCUGACUUAUUUGAGUUUUAUGAACAGAUGGACAAAGAUGAGGAGGAGGAGGAGGAAACGCAGACCGUGUCCUUUGAAGUCAAGCAGGAGAUGAUUGAAGAACUUCAGAAGCGUUGUAUCCAUUUGGAGUACCCCUUGCUGGCAGAAUAUGAUUUCAGAAAUGAUUCUGUGAAUCCUGAUAUUAAUAUAGAUCUGAAACCUACUGCUGUCCUCAGGCCCUAUCAAGAGAAAAGCCUGAGGAAGAUGUUUGGGAAUGGACGAGCCAGGUCUGGUGUUAUUGUCUUGCCAUGUGGUGCUGGCAAGUCUCUGGUGGGAGUGACGGCUGCGUGCACCGUGCGCAAGCGGUGCCUGGUGCUGGGCAAUUCCGCCGUGUCUGUGGAGCAGUGGAAGGCCCAGUUCAAGAUGUGGUCCACCAUCGACGACAGCCAGAUCUGUCGCUUCACGUCUGAUGCCAAAGACAAGCCCAUUGGCUGUUCUGUUGCCAUCAGCACAUAUUCCAUGUUGGGGCACACAACAAAAAGGUCCUGGGAAGCAGAGAGAGUAAUGGAGUGGCUCAAAAGUCAAGAGUGGGGCCUUAUGAUACUGGAUGAAGUCCAUACUAUCCCUGCAAAAAUGUUCAGACGUGUGCUCACUAUUGUACAAGCUCACUGUAAACUGGGGCUGACUGCUACCCUGGUCAGAGAAGAUGAUAAAAUUGUUGACCUGAACUUCCUGAUCGGACCAAAGCUCUAUGAAGCCAACUGGAUGGAGCUGCAGAACAGUGGCUACAUUGCUAAAGUCCAGUGUGCUGAGGUCUGGUGCCCAAUGUCACCUGAAUUUUACAGAGAAUAUGUAGCUAUCAAAACAAAGAAAAGGAUACUGCUCUACACCAUGAACCCAAAUAAAUUCAGAGCCUGUCAGUUCCUGAUUAAGUUUCAUGAGCGACGGAAUGAUAAAAUCAUCGUCUUUGCUGACAAUGUGUUUGCACUGAAGGAAUAUGCAGUCAGACUUGGGAAACCCUAYAUCUAUGGUCCUACUGCACAAGGGGAAAGAAUGCAAAUUCUACAAAACUUCAAGCACAAUCCAAAAAUCAACACUAUUUUCAUUUCCAAGGUAGGGGACACGUCCUUCGAUCUGCCGGAAGCCAAUGUUCUCAUUCAGAUUUCAUCCCAUGGUGGGUCRCGAAGGCAGGAGGCUCAAAGACUGGGACGAGUGCUCAGAGCCAAAAAAGGCAUGGUUGCAGAGGAAUACAAUGCCUUUUUUUAUUCCCUCGUAUCCCAAGACACUCAGGAAAUGGCAUAUUCAACAAAACGGCAACGGUUUCUUGUAGAUCAAGGUUACAGCUUCAAGGUAAUCACAAAGCUGGCAGGCAUGGAAGAAGAAGAACUUUCAUUUUCAACCAAAGAAGAACAGCAACAGCUUCUCCAGAAAGUCCUGCAAGCAUCUGACCUGGAUGCUGAGGAGGAAGUGGUUGCUGGAGAAUUUGGUUCAAAGUCAGCUCAGGUGUCCCGUCGCACAGGCACCAUGAGCUCCAUGUCRGGAGCAGAUGAUACAGUGUACAUGGAAUACCACUCAUCACGGAGCAAGGCAUCUACAAACAAACACAUCCACCCCCUGUUCAAACGCUUCCGCAAGUGACAUCCUUCACUCGGGCGUUGUGUUGAAAUUGUGGAUCCAUAUCUUGUGUAUGUAACUGAAAAGAUGGAGUUGAAAUUUAUGACCUUUAUGGUCCUUUAAAGGACGUUUUUUAUGCAUCUGUAUAGCUACAUGUUUACUUACCAAUGUAUGUGCUCUCAUAGAUGAAUGGGAAAGCAAAGAAGGAACUAAAUCCUACCAUGGAAAUAUUUUUAAAGACUUCAAGAUACAAGUAUGUCACAGCACAUACUUUUUUGUGUGCUCAUUGUAUUAUGCCCUCAUUUCCUCAUGCCCAGAGGGCAGAAGCAUACAGGCCACUUUGUUCAAGAGAAGUACUUGUCUGGUUUUCAGGGUAAUUAAUAGAUUUUAUUUUUAUCAGCUGAAGAUCCUUUUUUYAGAAGAGUCAUGAAAAGGUUUUGUAAAUGAAGUUUGUACUGAUGUUUGAAAUAUUAUUUAUCUGAUUAUUGUGACUGCUCAACAAUAUACUGUUUUUCAAACUGCUUAAAUAAAAUCAUUCAGUGAGCUGAACAAAUCCCAAGAGGAGCACUUUACAUUAUAUUUUUUAACUGAGAGCUAAUUUAUACUUGUGACUUGACCUGUAUCAAAAGUCUAACGAAUUGGUCAGAAAUAUUUUAGAGUUUGAAGGCAAGAGGAAAGAGGGACUCCAUCUCCAAAGCAUACUCAAGGAAAGCAUUAGUAGUAAAUACAAAUAAAUUCUGUGCUUGUUUUCCUCAUUUUUCUUGCUACUGUUGAGAAGUUGCUCAAAUAAAAGCUGUUUCUCUUGUUAUUUAUAUCCUAUUUAUUAACCAUGCAAUAAAACCUUCGUAACGGCUAAACAGUGCAGUGUCACCACAGAAGUUAUUACUGAAUCAAAAAGCAUUUUGCUUCUCACAAGAUCAGUUGGAAGAAUGUGUGAAGAAAAUAUUCCUAAGUUUGUUUUUUUUUUAAUAUAGACUGCAGUAUAAUUCUAGAAAAUUGUAGGAGAAAGGGUUGGUGGUUUGUGGGAGGAGAAUGCUUUUUAAAUCUGCUUAAUAAUGUAAYGCUUUUGCUACUUGGUGUUGUAUUAUAAGGUGUUAUUUCGCUGAUUGUAGAACUAUUGGAACAACCUCUGUUGGUUCAAAAUAGUUCGGUAYAAAUCUUUACUGUACUGGAAGGAGCAUGUAUGGUACAGCUGUCCUGAUUAUAUGACAAAUGUGCUUCAGAAGAACACUGAAUUCUGUUUCUUAUUGGCAUGAAUUCACAAAUUGGGAAUGUAGAAAUAUUGGAAGCAUAAUUGAAAACAGAUGGUGCUUGGUUUUGGUCUCUGUAUGAGAAUCAGGUAAUUUUUAAAAAGUGAACUGAUCUGCUUCAGUUUAAACUUUGUUUAGGCUCUGAGCCUUACCCUGUAACACUUGGUUGUUUCUCUUGUGCUGAGUMUUCUGCCUCACAACCUGGAACCAGCCGUUGCAGUGCUUGAGUGGCUAUUAUAGAAGAGAUAAUUGUGCAGUAUUCUGUUGCUGAUUUCCUCUGCAGAUAAAACCACUAUUCUGAUAGCAGUUUGGAACARUUCUAAUGGCAAGUUAGUAGCAAAGUGGUAAUUUAGUAUAAUGGGAGAGGCCUGUGACAGGUUUAGCUGAGCAAGUCAGGCAGUCUGUGUCCCUCUCCAUAAUUCUCUCAUAAAAAGCUGUAUUAAUUGCUUUGGAACUAUUCUCCACCUUUCAUAACUUGAAAAAAAACCUCAACAAUCUACUAAAUGCAAAAGGCUUAAUACUGAUGUCUGUAAUUGUGGAAUUACUGGUAGUAGCCGCCUGUAGGACAGCACUCUAGAUCUUGUGUAGUAAAUCAUGACUAAUGAUCUCACUCUUCUGAGUAAUGUCUCUGUGUGGGAUGCAGUACAUUCAGCAUCARGUAAAGCAUAAUAACUUUACGAGGUAUGAAUGACUCCGUGCAUCAGUGAUAGCAUCUUGGUAUUCAAACUU